CCCAGGAGGAGGGGAUAGUGGGGGAGGGAGGGGAAGGUAAGAGCAGACGGAGGGAGCUCAGAUUCAUUUCUGCUGGUGCUCCUGGAGGCACAGCACAUUGCGAGAGCAUAACGUGACGCACAAGGAGCCGGGACACACAUGGCUAUCAAAUGGAUUACUCUGAAAUACACUUGUGAACUCCAACAAAGCAAGGUAAAUACAGUCAGCCAGCACACAAAGGAUUUGCACAGACCCUGCAGAACUCCGCUGUCACACUGACAGAAAUAAAAUAAAAACUAAGUGUGUGAGCAUCCUUCUUAAUUCAUUCAGCUGAUAUUACACUGAACAGAGGACUUGGAUUAACAGCACUGAAGAUGUGAAUUUGGGUAAAAAUCUAACAGCUUGUUGUCACACACUGAAGUGGAUCAUAAUCACCGAGACUGACGAAAGCAAAGCGCACCAAGAGAAAAGGACACGCGUGAGAAAGCUUACCAUGCACUGACAACAAGGAAUGGAAAGCAUCAGUGUGGAAACGGACUGGGAUGGGUUAGCCCUCUCCUCUCUGGUCGCCACAGGAAGGAACAACUUCUCUUCCUCGUCUUUGUUUGUGUCUGAGCUGAACUCCCUCAAUAGUUCCCACAGCGGGGGAUCCUUCUUUGGGAUCUUCCCUGAGAAUGGUUCCACCACCACCACGCCUCACACCCUGCCCCAGCCCAGGCCGAGGGACCUGGGCCUGGCCCGGGCAGAGAUUGCAGUGCUUGGGUUGGUGCUGGCUCUUACCACCCUGGGGAAUAGCUUUGUGCUGUGGGUGCUGCUGAGGAGGAGGAAGCACAAUGCUCCGAUGCAUGUGUUCAUGGUCAACCUGUGUGUGGCUGACUUGGUGGUGGCCCUCUUUCAGGUUCUUCCGCAGUUAAUCUGGGACAUCACAGAGAGGUUUCAGGGGCCUGACCUGCUCUGCCGGUCCAUCAAGUACUUGCAGAUUGUGGGCAUGUUUGCUUCCUCUUACAUGAUAGUUGCCAUGACAGUAGACCGGCACCAUGCCAUCUGCUGCCCGUUGCAGGCUUACCGUGGGGGAGCAAUGUCCCGCUGGAACACCCCUGUCAUGGUGGCCUGGGGCUUGGCCCUAGUCCUCAGCAUACCGCAGAUGUUCAUCUUCUCUCGCUCAGAAGUGGCUCCUGGAGAGUACGAGUGCUGGGGCCAUUUUGCUGAGCCGUGGGGUCUGAAGGCCUACGUCACCUGGAUGACUGUGGCAGUCUUCCUCCUGCCCGCCCUCAUCAUUACCAUCUGUCAGAUAAGAAUCUUCAGAGAGAUUCACAAUAACAUCUACCUGAAGUCAGAGAGAAUGGUGAUGGCUGAGUUGAAGAAGAGCGAAAUCCUCUUCCGCUUCCACGGAUUUAAGAAGGAGGAUGAGCGGGCCAGGGAGAGGGGGAGGCGGUCAUCAGGAGGAGGGGGCAGGGAUGGGAGAGGAGGACAGCUCUUAAAGGGUGUGAAUAACAACCCUCACAAUAAUAGCCAAGUGGGCGAGUGUUACGACUAUGUACCAGCCGCUAUUCAAUAUAACAGUUGCCCUGGUGAACAUGUGACAACAUCAACAUCACCUACACAACAGCAAACACUGAACAGCUCAGAUUGCCAGGAGUCCUACACGUCCUAUGAGCUGACCUCAGGCUCACCUCGUUGCUCCCUUGACUAUGCCCCUCCUCACCCUCCAGCCACUCCGCCUCCGAGCAUCACGAAAGCCAUGUCCAAGACAGUGAGAAUGACCCUGGUCAUCGUGCUGGUCUACACUAUCUGCUGGUCACCUUUCUUCAUCGUCCAGCUUUGGGCGGCCUGGGACCCCAACCCUCCAGACCAAGGAGUGGCCUUCACUAUCCUGAUGCUGCUGGCCAGUUUGAACUCGUGCACCAACCCGUGGAUCUACACAGCUUUCUCCAGCAGCGUGUCCAGAGAGCUGCAGAACCUGCUGCACUGUCGGUCGGGACCCGGCCGCCGGGGCUCCCUGCCCGACGACUCCACCACCACACACACCUCCACCACCAAGGACAGCCUAUAUUGACAGAGACUGAUGAGACAGAAACAAAGAGACAGACUUGAAAUGACAUUAUGUGUAUGUGGACCCAUUGCAAGGACGUGUUAUUGCACACAACUCUGUCACCACCACUACCACCACCUCCAGCAUCACAGCCUGAGAACUGAGAGUGCUGACCUCUACCAGAUGUUUCCAACAACAAAGGACAGCUGUACUGUCAACAGGACAUCUAUCUGUAAUCACCUGUCAUCUCUACCCCGGCAGUGAGGAAGGGUGUCAUUGAAGAUGUCAACACCAUUUUACGAGGGCACUUUGGAAUAUACUGUACAGUGGCAGUCAGUGACAUUAUCUGCAAUGUCAAAUGUCCUUGAAAGUAAAGAGACUUCAGCUGCAGUUGUGCAGGACCCUGAGCAUUGAUUCAUUUGACGAAAACUCUUGCCCCGGUCAGACAGAGCAGAGCCGUAGGAAUGCAAGGGGUGGAUCACUGUAUUAAUGGCCUUACGGCACGCCUAAUGUACAAAGCAGCAGACAAAGCUGUGGGUGCAGAGAAAACAAAGCAGCAGGCAGAGGGAAAUGGAGAGAGAGAGAGAGACACACAUACAGACAGCAAGAGAGAGCAAGACAGCUGCUGGACUGAGACCAGACAGGGGAUGACAUGGAUGUUACUGCUGCAGGAGCGGUCCUGAGAAGGCUGCAGUUGAAAUCUAAUAAUGUGAACAAACUUUGUUAAAUCAAAGAAAGUGGAUUACAGAUGGAUGCUUGAGGCUGAAUUCAUAUUCACUCUGGAGGAAUCCGGUUCUAAAGAACAAUACUGAUUUGUAAGCAAGAUGGACAGAGAUUCACUCAUGAGGACGGUGCAGUAGAGUCAAGACACCAUGAGGAACUGGAAUACCAUGGGUUAACGCAGACAGAAGGAGGGGUAUAGACCUAGGAAAAUACAAAUGAACAAUCCAGGUUUCCUUAACCAACCGGGACACAAUUAUGUGAUUGUAUUUUUGUACAAACACAGCAUAUAAGGUACACCAAAUUACCUUCCUGUCAUGCUCUCUUGAACGUUAAACAGGAGACACAGGAACAAAUGAGAAACAUUCAACAGCAUUCCAUGUACAGUGAAGUACAACAAUGUAAAGUAUAUUUAUUUAAAAUGUAAGGCACAUUAGAUAUAAUUUCAUUCUGUGUAAGAUGAAUGUUGAAUGUAAAUCAUACAUUUGUAAUGGUCCGAUAUGUGUAGUGGGAGAUGUCAAACCAAAGAUUUUUUAAAGCUUGACUAUGAAGUCAGUUCAGGUCUUAAUAGUAGUAAUGUUACAAAGCUUCAGCAGAUAUAAGAUAUAUAAAGUGAACACACUCCCAGUCAAACCAAGUGCCUGUAUUAUCAAAAGACAUCUGUAGAGGGGCCUCCCUCACUGGAUUCAUCUUUGAAUGAUGUCAGCCAUGUUAUUCUUAGACAGAGCUACCACCAGAGCAGGAAUAAUUGAAUAUGUUAUAUCACACCAUGAGCCACGUGUUCCUUUAUCUUUUUAUUUAUUGUUGUAUAAAUGAAAAUAUACACACAUAUAUAUAUAUUUCAGUUCCUGUUUCUGCCUUAUGUUCAUGUACAGUUUUUAUAUCACACUUUAAAAGAGAAAUGUAUUAUGCCCCUCAACUGCAUGACAGACAUAGAAAAGUAAUGUUUUUUUUAUAAACUUACGAUUAUAUAAGCUACUGUACAUACAGUAGAUGUGAUAACUUUAUGUGUGUAUAAAAUAAGAUUUGUUGUAUGUGGUCAAACUAUUAAUUUCGAACUAGAUGUUUCUGAAAAUAAUGCAAACUGUUUAUUUCUUCCCCAAAAAAUUGCUGUUCACUCAUUUUGAGCCGGUUCAGCACAUCCUUUUUUCAUGAGAGAGCAAUAUGUAAUGCAAGUCUGCAGGACAAUACUGGGAUACUUUCAAGGUGUCUCAGGAGAACUCGUCUGUGUUGAAGGAGAAGCCUCACCUUUUCCUCUGUGUGGCCAGAGUGUUUGGGCUUUCAGCACGCCACUGUGAAUAUGUUCCCAAGGCAGAAGCCUCCACUUUGAUUCUCUGCCAAAUGAAAGGCUACAGCAACAACGUCCCGUGUCUGACUUUGUUAUAUCAGGAAAUAAAUGAACUUCUCCCAAA